UGAAGGACUCUCAGCUGCCAGACUUGUGAAUCAAUGCCAAGUCCUUGUCCUCCUCAGACAGCCUAGCGAAGGUGCAGGAGGUAGCAAGCUGGCUUUUGGAAAUGAACCAGGAUCUGCUGUCGGGGGGCAGCAGCAGCAGGGCGUCCCAGCAGCCGAGGCCUGGGGCAGGUAACAGCUCCUCCGGCGGCGCGGAGCACAUGAACCUGGUGCUGGAGGAGCAACAGAGAAGAGAAGCAGCCGAGGAGGAAGAGGGAGGACCCGAGGAGGAAGGACAGAGGAGGGAGGUGAACGGAGACCAAAAGGGCAUUUCUGAGUGGAUGUGGGAGCAGGAGCUGCGUAGACGGCAUCACGACAACGACGAAGAGGAGGAGAAUAACGGCGGAAGGGAAGUGAGACUUCGUUCACAGAAAAACGACGAGCGGCCGGAGGAUGGCUUGGAGGAAAUGGACCAGGAUAGCGAUGAGUUUGAGCAUUCAGAAGAAGAGGAGGAGGAGGAAGAUGAGGAGGAAGGCCUCCACUCUCCCUCCCUCAGGACCCCUGCGUUGGACCGUAAUGAUAACUCGGAGCAGUCCUCUGGACGACAGCACCAACGCUCUCCCUCGUUUUGCAUGAAUAAGAUGAAGAGGAAGUUGGACCAUGACUCCGAGGUUCGAACUUCAGGAAAAAAGCCCUGUCCAAGUCCUACAGGAAUGCCGUUCCCAGCCACCCCCACUACGUUUCGGGACAUUCGAGUGGUCAUUGGGCAGGGUCAGCAGAGACGGCGCAUCACGUCCAUCCAGCCUCCCAGCGGCCUGCAGGAAUGGCUGCGCACCUUUCAGAGCUGGAGUGGUCCAGAGAAGCUGCUGGCGCUGGAUGAGUUGAUUGACAGCUGUGAGCCCACGCAGGUGAAGCACAUGAUGCAGGUGAUCGAACCACAGUUUCAGAGAGACUUCAUCUCACACCUGCCCAGAGAGUUGGCCUUACACGUGUUGUCAUUUCUGGAGCCCAAGGAUCUGCUUCAGGCAGCUCAGACGUGUCGUUACUGGCGCAUCCUAGCAGAGGACAACCUGCUCUGGAGGGAGAAAUGCAGAGAAGAAGGUAUUGACGAGCCCUUGUACAUAAGGAGAAAGAAGGUUAUCAAGCCAGAGUUCACACACAGUCCCUGGAAGAGUGCCUACAUUAGACAACACAGAAUAGACACCAACUGGAGGAGAGGAGACCUCAGAUCACCGAAGGUGUUGAAAGGCCAUGACGAUCAUGUGAUCACCUGUCUCCAGUUCUGUGGAAACCGCAUCGUGAGCGGCUCAGACGAUAACACGCUCAAAGUAUGGUCUGCUGUUACCGGGAAGUGUUUACGGACGUUAGUUGGCCACACCGGCGGGGUCUGGUCCUCGCAAAUGCGAGACAACAUCAUUAUCAGUGGCUCCACAGACCGAACGUUGAAGGUCUGGAAUGCAGAGACGGGAGAAUGUAUCCACACGCUGUACGGUCAUACCUCAACAGUGCGCUGUAUGCACUUGCAUGAGAAAAGGGUGGUGAGUGGCUCCCGGGACGCCACGCUACGGGUUUGGGACAUUGAGACGGGUCAGUGUUUGCACGUGCUCAUGGGUCACGUGGCGGCCGUUCGCUGCGUACAGUAUGACGGCCGUAGGGUGGUCAGCGGGGCCUACGACUUCAUGGUGAAAGUGUGGGAUCCUGAAACAGAGACCUGUCUACACACACUCCAGGGUCACACCAACAGAGUCUACUCCCUACAGUUUGACGGCAUCCAUGUGGUGAGCGGUUCGUUGGACACGUCGAUCCGGGUGUGGGAUGUAGAGACUGGAAACUGUAUUCACACGCUCACAGGUCAUCAGUCUCUCACCAGCGGCAUGGAGCUCAAAGAUAAUAUCCUGGUCUCCGGAAACGCAGACUCUACCGUCAAGAUCUGGGACAUCAAGACCGGCCAGUGCCUACAGACACUGCAAGGUCCACACAAGCACCAGAGUGCAGUAACCUGCCUGCAGUUCAACAAGAAUUUUGUCAUCACCAGCUCUGAUGACGGUACGGUGAAGUUGUGGGAUCUUCGUACGGGCGAAUUCAUCCGUAAUCUGGUCACACUGGAGAGCGGCGGCAGCGGCGGCGUAGUCUGGCGGAUCCGUGCAUCCAAUACUAAACUGGUUUGUGCGGUGGGCAGCCGUAACGGCACGGAGGAAACCAAGCUCCUCGUGCUGGACUUCGACGUGGACAUGAAGUGAUGGAGGUGGGCUUCAACGGCACUCGUUUGGAAAACCGGGAGCAGCCUGCUGCGCCAGGACCGAUCACUCAUGGCAUCUCCAUCUCCCCGUCGUGCCACGGUCCACGACUGCAGCCACAGUCCCGUUCACCUUCCGAGGUGCAGACGCUCACAGCAUUCUGGGAAGGAAACUGACAAAAGAAGGACUUGGGAAGACAGGAUUGUCCCUUUUCCGAUCACUCAAGGCGACCUCGCAGAGACUUGUUCGCUCAAGCCUGGCUGAAGUUCUCACCCUUAUGUACAAACAUUUGUUUUUGUUUUUUGAACCAAACAGUCGACACUGUAUACAUGAGACCCUAAUGCAUCGAGACGGACAUGGAGUGAUACACAGUGUAUACAAAAGUAACUUUAAUGGAGAAAGAUCCGAGCUUUGUACUGUGGGAGUGAUUCAAGAGAGAGAAAGGAAGCCAAUUUUGUCAGUCCUCAUCAACCUCAGCACGCGCCAAAUAUCCCUCUCCUCCUCAUGCGUUGAAUUUUUCUUUUGUAUCCGUUUCUUUUUUCUUUUUUUUCACAAUCUUGGUUUUCGCGUCAACAGCUGUGAAUUAAAGUUUUGUGCUUUCUUUUCAAGUUCAGUUCUUUUUUUUGUUUGUUUCACAAUCCUACUUCUGUUGCAAACAACAGGUUUCAGUAUUAAGCUAAACCCACUCUGCUGUUUCACACGUUUAUGGGAUUUUAUUUUGUCAUUUUUAUUUUUUUUGCUAUUCA